AUCCACACGCGUUCAGUGUGUGUGUUCAGAUCAGACCGGAAAUCCCCGACACAGGACGAGCUGUGAGACAAGUCGCCAUGAGCUUCUGCGAUGUUUUUCAGAUGAUAAAAUAGAAAGUAACUCGCAUGAUGUGAUGACACUCUUAUGAUUCCAAUCUAGGGGUUACAAUGGACUCUUCAUUUCAUUUACUCUUAAUCGUGAUAUAUUUGCAGUAUGCUGUAGGUCAGUCCAGCAGCUGUGUCAAAAUACUUCCAGACUCUGAUCAGCCGAUUACAGUUGAAGUUGGAAAAGAGUUCAAUGCAACCUGUCACCUGCUCAAGGGGUCCCGCUACACCACCGACGACAUCGAAUGGUUGUUCAAAAAUAAAAGUGUUCCAAAGCAGAAUUAUGUCAAAAUCAAUGAAACCGCUGUCAGUGUUACAGUUAACAUCAGCAGGAACAUGAACGGCUGGUUGAAAUGCAGUGCAGCUAAGAAGUCCUUGUCAUACGAACCGUCAUGUCUCUACGGAAUCUCCCUUAUUGCAGGAUACCCACCGUUGGUGCCGAAGAAUCUUACGUGCAUUGCUGUGCAAGAAGGCAAGGCUAUUUCCCCUAAAUUAAAUUGUUCUUGGGAUCCAGGAACGCGGGACCCACUGCUCGACACCACAUACACUCUUUAUGCCCACAUUUCCCCUUCAGAACAAACUGUUUUAGAGUCAUUUAACACCAGCUCUACAGGUCGUCUUGUAAGCAGUUGUACGGUCAACCUGCAAACGUAUCCCCAUCAUAUGUAUUUGACAGUGUGGGUGGAAGUGAAUAACACGCUGGGCUCGGUGCACUCAGACAAGCUCCUGAGAGAUUCCUCAUAUUUUGUGAAACCAAGCCCACCGUUUCAUGUACGAGUUCUCAGUGAGAUUAAUUUCUCCACGUCUCUCAUGGUUACUUGGGAACCUCCCCUUCACCCAGAUGUUAUGGAACUCAGUUGCAUCAUCAGAUACUGCCAAGCAGGCUUCCCCGUUUGGACCGAGGUGCCUGAAAACUUGAAGCUGUCCCAUACAAAGUCCUUCAGACUGCAGCCCCUGCAUCCGUACACUGAGUAUGUGGUGCAGAUGAAAUGCAUUAAAAAAUUGCUUGAAAGCUACUGGAGUGACUGGAGUGCCAAUGCUACAGAACGCACCACAGAAGCCAAACCUGCAAGCAGUCCAGAUCUGUGGAGACUCAUUCAGCUCACUACUCAUAAUAGAAACGUCACUUUAAUAUGGACGGCUCCUGUGCAAGCUAAUGGUAAAAUACUGCGCUAUGAUCUAGAAAUCAGUCAAGACCGUGAGAUGUUUGAAAGACGAGUUGUUCGAUUAAAUGAACUGGAAAACUUCAGAUCACAUCACACGUAUUCCAUGGAUCUGCAACCAGGAAAAAUGGCCACUAUUGAAAUAACAGCAACAAAUUCAGCCGGAGUGUCACCUAAAGCAACUUUAUUAAUUCCCAGAACAGAUAAAGAGCUUCCUGGUGUGCACGAUGUCAGCUGGUCGGUGAAUGAUGGACAGCUGCAGGUGAAGUGGCUGCCCCCCCCUCUCAGCAGCCUGCCUGUCUCUGAAUAUCUGCUGGAGUGGGUGAAAAUCCCACUGAGAGAGUUUCAAUCAGAUACACACUGGCAGAGAGUUCCUCCACAGGUCAACAGGACCACACUGACUGGUGAUUUCAAGCCAUUCAAGCGGUACAACAUAUCAGUGUAUCCAAUUUACACUGAUCAUUUUCGUUACUCCAACAAGACACACAGAUACAGCCAAGCCGGACGACCAGUUACCACAGCAGCCUACAUUAAACAAGGGUCUCCACUAGAAGGCCCUACUGCAAAAGUUACAAAAUCCAAGAAAACCAGUGCCGAGUUGACAUGGGAGGAAAUUCCACUGGACAGUCAGCGAGGAUUUAUCACCGGCUACACCAUAUUCUAUAAGACGGGGAACAUUGAGAAAUUUUUGCCGGUAAAAGCUCAUCUCUGUUCAUCGGUGCUGACUGAUCUGACCAGUGAAAGUGAAUAUGUGGUUCAUAUCAUGGUGUCAACAGUUGCAGGCUCCAAAAAUGGCUCAGAUUUCAAUUUCAAAACAGCAAAGUAUGGUGAUGGAGAGGUGGAGAUGGUCGUGGUGGGGGUGUGCUUCAGCUUCUUGUUCUUCACUGUCUUCACAAUCAUGUUCUGCCUUCGGAAAAGAGAAGUGAUUAAGGAGCUGUUGUGGCCGCAUGUCCCGGACCCCAAUGACAGCUCUAUUGCCCACUGGUCACCCGAUUUCUCUGUAAAGACCGAUUUACCCAAAGAAGAUGUUAGCGUGGUGGAAGUAGACGUGUUUGACAGGAAGUCUUUGUUUGAGGAAGACAAAACUGUGCUGCCACUCAAGAAGGACAAAUAUUUGUCUGAGGAGCACAGCAGCGGUAUAGGCGGCUCGUCCUGCAUGUCGUCACCCCGCCACAGUGUGUCUGACAGUGACGAGGGAGACUCUGGGCAGACCACGGCCAGCACCGUGCAGUACUCGGCCGUGGUGGCAAGCGGCUACAAGGGUCAGACCCCCAACCAUCAGACGCCAGUUUUUGCACGCUCCGAGUCCACCCAGCCACUCUUAGAUUGUGAGGAACAUACGGAACAUCUGCAAGAGGGCAGCGGCCAAUCUAGAAACUCUUACUUCAGGCGAGGCAGAGGACUCGAGCUGGCCGAGGGUGAGGAACCGAACGGGAGCUCUCUGACCUUCUGUCCAGUAGACGAGCAGAUGUCUCCUAUCGUAGAGGAUCCGCCCACCUCCACAUCAUGUUACAUGCCACAGCAGAGCAGCUAUAGACCUCAAUAAAGAGAAACAUUCAUACAGACAUACAGAGUUUUGAGAAUGCCUUAAGCUAUCAGUCGUACAAAAAAGAACAAUUAAUGUUCUUUUCAUUGCAGGGUUCCCAUGGAUAUGGAAAACCUGAAAUUAUCAGGUCAUUUAAAAUCAUGUAAAAUAUUUCAUCUGCAAAAAAAAAACAGUUCAAAGUACCAUCUGAAUGAUUGAUUAGUGAUUAGUGAGUCAAUCAAAAUGAUUCAUAAAACUCCCAAGUAAUCACAAAUGAUUAGAAUUCCCUGGUCAAAAAGUGUGGGAACCCUGUCAUCUGGCUGUCCUGAACUUUUCAUUUUACUUAUGAAUUGCAUUGCAAGCUUACACCGAGAACGUGUGGUGCAUCGCAAACACAACUAAUCUAGAUCACUCCCAUUACAAUCAAUGAAGCAGUCUACUCUGGAAAAGUCCUAUGCGGUGCGAUGCCAGGCAUCUAUUGAUGCAUUGCACAGUUACUUCAACCACUUUAUUUUCUCCACCGGACUGAAAAUUAGUUUAAGUCAUUUCUAAUCACAUGUAUAUGCAUUUGUAGCAUUACAAACAUUGUGUAAUUGUUAUUGCUAUUCUAAAAUAACCCAUGCAGAGUCAGUUAUACCAAGGACUUUCAUUGUAAAUAAAGUAGGAUUGAAUUUUGAGUGUCACCUCAAGCUUACAGAGGUUCGUGUUUAGUGAGCAUUGUUGAGAUGACGUGCAGUUUUAACACUUGGAGCCAAUUUCAAACUGUAGCAGUGUGACACAAAGUUGGUUGCGUGCGGUAUUCACAUGAUGUUACGUUCAGAACAUAAUCUAUUUACACCAAAGUCAUUGACAUUGAAUGUGAUAUGAAAUCAAUGGACCAGGUGCUGAAUGUAUCGUGCUUAAUGUCUUGCCUUUGAAAGCUGCAGUAACUUACAUGCACGACUCUUUAAAAUUUUUUAAAGAAUUUAAUAUUGAAUUGUGAAUUUCACCAAAUUAUGCCUAAUUAUAAACAUUACUCAUAACAAUAUUUCAACUCUAUUUUAAGUGUAAAGUUUUUUAUUUUAAUUGUUAAUUUUUGGAUGAUUAGAAAUUUAAAAAAAAUAUGUAUUUGAUGGAUUAGAGUUGAUCGAAUGUAAUUUACCUUAUAGUAACUCCGAGAUAACCAAAAUACUUUUGCUGCACAUUUUUGAGUUGCUGGAAGUAUCUGAGUAUUACUUAUCAGUGAUGGUAUUAUGUAUUUUUAACAACAGAUUGUCAUUUCAAGUUUUCAGUUUACAUUGACAACACAUCCCCCUCCCUCUGGGAUCAAACUAACACUACACUGAAUUAUCAACUAAGAUAUGCAUAUCUUUUUCAUUGCAUGCCUUUUCACAUGUAUCCACUCUUUUUUUUUUUAUAUCACAGAUACUGGGUUAAAUAAAGACUUUAUGCAAAUAUUUGUGGUCCAUUUGCCUUA